GUAUUUACCCCAAGCGCGAGUGUAAUCCCUAGCUAUGGCCGAUCCGCUCAGUUUGCUGCGUCAAUAUAAUAUCAACAAGAAAGAAAUCAUCGAACGCGAUGGUCAGAUCAUAUUUGGUGAAUUCAGCUGGCCGAAAAACGUAAAAACCAACUAUCUCAAAUAUGGUUCCGGAAAGAAGGGUGCACCGAAAGAGUACUACACGCUCGAGUGUUUGCUGUACAUACUUAAAAAUGUUGGGCUGCAGCAUUCGGUGUACGUUCGGCAGGCCGCCGCCGAGGAUAUACCGGCCGUCAACCGACCGGAUCGUAAGGAGCUGCUGCAGUAUCUUAAUGGCGAAACGAACACCUGUGCAAGUAUCGACAAAAGUGCCCCGUUGGAAAUUCCGACGCAAAUUAAACGGCCGGCCGAAUCGGACGGACUGGACAGUUUGGCAAAGAAAGCUCGGUACGAGGACACACAGGUGCAGAAGGUGAAGGAACAGCUGGCGGCACGGUUAGAUGUGAACAAGAAGGAAGCAUCGGUAAACAUAGAUAACAUUAAGUCGCUUUCGGAAACGAUGUCGGUGGAGAAAAUUGCUGCUAUCAAGGCGAAACGUUUGGCUAACAAGAAGGUCACAAUCAAACGUACCGACAAUGACGAUGCGAUGGGCGUCGGGCCCGAUCUGCGCGUCAUUCUCGAUUUUGACGUCGACUCGACGAAGGACAUCGUUAGCCGCGAACGGCAAUGGCGCACGAGAACGACCAUCCUGCAAAGCAAUGGCAAGAUAUUUGCCAAAAACAUUUUCGCCAUACUGCAGAGCAUCAAAAACCGGGAGGAAGGUCGUGGCCGUCCGCAGGCACAGCCGGUCAAGCUGCCCGAACCACCCCGUGUCAAUCGUCCGCAACCACAACCGACACAGUACAAUCGUUACGAUCAGGAACGGUUCAAUAGGCAGAAGGAGGAGACGGAAGGUUUCAAGAUCGAUACGAUGGGUACGUACCACGGUAUGUCGCUGAAGCUCGUGACGCAGGGAUCGGCCGGCCAGAAUAAGGCGCAGCAAAACAGUCUCAACAAUAAUAACAGCACCAGCAAUAAUAAUCUGUCGGCGGCGGCCGGUAUGCCUCCGGGCCGACCGAAGGAACUGAUCCCAACGGCACAGGCACGACUGUUGGCACAGAAUGCGGCCAACAAGCGGACCUCACGGACACCGAUCAUUAUCAUACCGGCGGCAACGACCAGCUUGAUUACGAUGUACAAUGCGCGCGAUGUCCUGCAAGAUCUGAAGUUUGUCACUACGGACGAGAAGAAGAGAGGCGGAUGUUCGCGCGAAAACGAAGUACUGAUCCAGCGACAGAAGGCGGGCAACUUGACCGUACCGUACCGUGUGAUAGACAAUCCCUCGAAGCUGACGGCGCACGAUUGGAACCGGGUGGUGGCCGUGUUCGUGAUGGGACCGGCGUGGCAGUUUAAGGGCUGGCCGUGGGAUGGCAAUCCGGUUGAGAUAUUUUCGAAAAUUGCUGCCUUUCAUCUACGGUACGACGAUCUCAAGCUGGACGCGAACGUAGCGAAAUGGGCUGUGACGGUGCUGAACAUUUCGAGAACGAAGCGCCAUCUGGACAAAGCGUGCCUGAUGGCGUUCUGGGAGAAGCUGGACCUCUAUAUGACCAAGUACAAACCGGACCUUCGAUUCUGAG